AUGGCUACGCCGAGUAAUCUCGUGGAAGAUAACAUUGUACCACUACCAGAGUACACUGUCACUUGCACUACUUCAAUACCUAAUUCAGAUAUAUCUGACGGUAAACAUAACCGGAUUGGUCCAUUGAUAUCUAAAUUAGCCAUACAGUGCAAUCCUAAUAGUGUUGUAAGCCUUACAGAAAAUGAUGCAGAAGAAACCGUGAUUCACACUGAAAUAGACAAGCAGAUGGGACACAGUCAGGUCCAAAUUCUGGAAUAUGUGACAGCAGAGCAUAGUAAGAAACGACAUAGUUGUGAAGUAUGUGAAAAAAGCUUUGGUGAAAAGACUGAACUCAAAAUUCACAUGAGGACCCAUACUGGUGAGAAACCCUACGAGUGUGGACAUUGUGGUAAACGUUUUAGCCAAAAAGGUCAUCAAGUAUCACACUCCAGGAUUCACACUGGUGAGAAAAAACAUCAAUGUGAAGUAUGUGAAGCCAGAUUUAUCCAGAAAACAAGUUUAACUGUUCACAUGAGAACACACACUGGAGAAAAACCAUAUCGGUGCCAACAGUGCGAGAAAAGUUUCGCUAAAAAAGAUGGUUUAACAGUCCACAUGAGAAGUCACUCAGGUGAGAAGCGGUUCAAGUGUGAACAAUGUGAAAAAAAAUUCAGUGCGAAGGCCAAGCUAAAAAUUCACACACGGAUACAUACUGGUGAUAAGCCAUAUAAAUGUGAACAAUGCGAGAGCCAGUUUAUUAAAAAAGAUGGUCUUACAGUACACAUGAGAACACAUACUGGAGAAAAGCCAUUUCAUUGUCAAGUAUGUAAAAAAGGUUUUGCUCGCAGAGGUGCUCUUACUCUGCACAUAAGAACACACACUGGUGAGAAGCCAUUCAAAUGUGGAAUGUGUGAAAAGAAUUUUGCACGAAAAAGUGAUCUGGUAAGACACCUUAAGCAUCACAUUUCUAAGAAGCCAAGCAAAGUAGAACAUUUAAAGGACCCAGAGAACUUGGUUGAUAAAAAACAGCAUCAGAAGUCUCCUGAAAUCGAUCCACCAGCCAAGCCAGUAAAGACUUGUGUUCGUGAUAAACCAUAUGUUUGUGAACAGUGUGAAAAAAGAUUUUCAGAAAAGAAUGUAUUGAAAAUUCACAUGAGGACCCAUACUGGUGAGAAACCCUACGAGUGUGGACAUUGUGGUAAGCGUUUUAGCCAAAAAGGUCACCAAGUAUCACACUCCAGGAUUCACACUGGUGAGAAAAAACACAGAUGUGUAAUAUGUGAAGCCAGAUUUAUCCAGAAAACAAGUUUAACUGUUCACAUGAGAACACACACUGGAGAAAAACCAUAUCGGUGCCAACAGUGCGAAAAGCGUUUUGCUAAAAAAGAUGCUUUAACAGUGCAUACAAGAAUUCACACUGGUGAUAAACCAUAUGGUUGUGAACUGUGUAAUAACCGGUUUUCUGAAAAGGUUAAGCUCAAACUUCACAUGAUGAAACAUGAAGAUGAAAAAGUUUACCAAUGA